ACGUGACGCAAGCAUUACCUUAAGGUCACGUGCUCUUGGUCUGGUGGGCUUUUUCACUGUUGUAGCUGUUCUCAUCUCUUCAGGCAGUCUUGAGGCAAGCACCGACAACAAAGAAAAGUUGUAGAUGGCGCGGCAGUGGAUUCUGCUCACAGCGUUGGUGUGUCUCACGCUCCACGGUUCCCUUACAGGAGGGCAAGGGGGGUACAGCUACCUGGACGGGCCCUCCUUUAAAGUAGACCUGGCACCUGGAUCAUAUGAUGGUGUCUACGACAGGGAGGAUGAGGGAAGAAUAGGAGGGGGUUACCAAUGCUACAAACCUCCUGAAUCAUACAAAUACAAUAUAUCAGAACUGUCUUACUUCUAUCCCAGAGAUGAUAUAUACCUAGAACUACACGAACGCAAGGACGUUCUGGAACAAAUCUUCAAAGAUGGGGUCCCCGCCACCAGCCCGGCCACAGAAAAAGAUAUUCUCCACAACAUUUUGGAUAAAGACCUGCAGUCCAACGUCGGAGAAGCCGUUAGUGUAGACCCCGUUGGUGGUUGCAUUGGCUACACCCUCCUUCUUCGCAGCUUUGAUGCUUAUGGCGGUCAUUGCUGGCUAGUCUACCCCCUUCAUCAAGCCAUCCGCUUCGUUUCUUGUGGCCAUUCACAGUGUAAGGGGCAUAACGCGUACGCUGGUUACCGCCCUUGCAUACCGGAAGACGUGCCGCGCGAGAUGUGGGUGUACUGUGACGUACUGGAGCCUGGGAGGCGCAUCGUGAAGACAACCAUCCCGGUGCCAGUGUCGUGCAAGUGUCUGGCGUAUGACUGCUGACCCAGUGUAAACACCAGAUAUUCAUACACCAAAACGUCCUACCUUUGAGUAUGUUACACUUGUGUCAAAUAUUCCCUGAGGAUUACAACAUUCCAGAAGCGGGUAACACUGGGUACGGUUUCAUUCGGUCUCGAGGGAGAUGGUGAACAUAUAUUUUUCCGUUAAAUUUAAAUGUGCGUGCUGUAAUAAUGCUGUACGUCUGUGAGCAGUGGUCCUUGGCGUUUCUAUUGAAUCAAUGCACUUUUGAGAUGCGUGUGAAAAGCAGUAGAACGCAGACAACAGAGAAAAUAAACAAGU